AUGCCUGAGCAGCAACGACUUGCUUCCAUCGGCGCCAACGUCGAUACCCGUCUCCCUCUUCACUGCAGCCUCCUCUUCCAAGCCAAAACCGCCAAGAACCUCACCUUUGCUCAGAUUGCCGAACAUCUUGGCCGCAGCGAAGUCGCCUGUGCUGGGAUUUUCUACGGCCAGGUUCAAGCCUCUGCCGAAGAUGUCGACAAACUGAGCGAGCUCCUCGGUGUAAGCCGCGAUGACGUCGCCGAGCAGAUGAUGGCCUUUCCGAAUCGCGGCAUAUCCGUGGAAAUGCCGCCCACUGAGCCGCUCAUUUAUCGCCUUUAUGAGGUUAUCCAGAAUUAUGGCUAUUCAUACAAGGCAGUCAUGAAUGAGAAGUUUGGCGAUGGCAUCAUGAGUGGUGUUUGUUUCAAGACAGACGUUGAUAAGGAGGUGGACGAGACGGGGGCUACUUGGGCCGUCAUCACCAUGAAGGGGAAAUGGUGA